AUGGCGGGCAAAGACGUGGUCGUGACCGGAGCCACUGGUCUCCUCGGAAGACAGGUAUCGCGGGCGUUUGAUAUGAAGAGUUGGAACGUCAAAGGUACGGGAUACUCUCGCGCCGACGGUGUCUCCGUCUUCAAAGUCGACCUCGGAAAGACCUCUGAAGUUGAAAAGUUCCUCGACGGAUCCAAGCCUCAGGUAGUCGUGCACUGCGCCGCCCAGAGGUUCCCAGACAAGGUAGACAGCGACCCGGACGCCGCCCGCGCUCUCAACGUCGAGGCCACGCGGUCCCUCGCCAAGCUCUGCGCCGCCCGCUCGACCCUGCUCAUCUACAUCUCGACCGACUACGUCUUCUCCGGAAAACAGGGGAACGCCCCCUACGAGGCCGACGCGCAGACGGGGCCGACGAACCUCUACGGCCAGACCAAGCUGGACGGCGAGCGCGCCGUGCUGGAGGAGUACGAGGCCGCUGGGCCCGGCGCCGCGGGGCUGGGCCUCGUCCUCCGUGUGCCUGUGCUGUACGGCAAGGCGGACACGCCGGCGGAGAGCGCGACGAACGUGCUCAUGGACACGUUGUGGAAGACGCAGGACGGGGGCGCCAAGGUGAAGAUGGAUCAUUGGGCUAUUCGGUAUCCGACCAACACGGAGGAUAUUGGGCGCGUGUGUCACGAUAUCGCCGACAAGUACCUCGGGGCCGAUGACCGCAGCUCGUUCCCCAGGAUCCUGCAGUUCUCUAGCGAGGACAGGAUGACAAAGUACGAGAUUUGCCAAAAGUUUGCAGAUAUCAUGGACCUUUCCAUGGACGGCAUCAUUGCCAACACGGAGGGCAACGACCCAAAUGCGAGCGUGCAGCGGCCGUAUGACUGUCAUCUCAGCACGCGGGCUCUCAAGGAUCUGGGCAUUGAUGUGUCGACGAGUGACUUUAUUGGGUGGUGGAGGCGUGAGGUGCAUGCUUUCCGGCACUGA